AUGUCAAAUACAAACCCAUCCCUCUACGGCAUCCCCCGACAUAGCCAAAAACCCUCCUCGCAAUCCACCGCCCCCUCGUCUUCCACCCUCGCCUUCACCACCCAGCUCUCCUCCCUCAUCACCAAGGGCAGUGACUCGCCCGCCCGCGGCCGCCCUCGACCCUCCAAAUCCUCCAAAUCAGACAUCUUCGCCGUCCACAACAAAGGCGCCCAGAAACGCGCCGCAGCGGACCUCCGCGAUGACGACGACGAAACCUCCGUCCGCCAGAUCCACAAGCGCACCGCAGACAUCGGCGCCGUCGACGCCGCCACCCUGCACCGCUCCAAGCGGCGGCUGGAGGAAAAGGCGCGCAUGUACGAGGAUCUCAAGACCGGGCUCUAUCUCGCGGGCGACAGCGACGACGAGGCAGACACCAAUGCAGGCGGGGACGAUUACCUGGCAAGGCUCCGCCGGAAGGAGAAGGAGGGGCUGGUGGAUUUCGAUCGGAAGUGGGCCGAUGCGCAGCGAGCGAGGGGGUCAGAUGAUUCUGGGUCUGAAAGGGAAGAGGCUGAGGCCGACGACAAUGCGUCCAUCGUCUCGUAUGAAGACGAGCUCGGGCGGAGCCGGCGCGGGACGAGGGCCGAAGCUGCGCGUGCUGCGUUAGCUAAAGCGCAAGAGAGCGGCGAAGGUCGGGGCCCGGAGCGGUGGCGACCUGCGCGGCCCGAGAAGCUAAUCUAUGGUGCUGCGGUGCAGGCGGAGGCGUUCAAUCUGUCGUCGUCUGCGGCGGAGCAGAUGGCGACGCUUGCUGCGCGGCGGGACCGGUCGCCUACGCCGCCGGAGGAGACGCACUACGAUGCGGAUGCGGAGGUGCGGAACCGCGGGACGGCGUUCUAUGCGUUUGCCAAGGAUGAGGAGACGCGGAGGAAGCAGAUGGAGGAGCUGAUGAGUGCGCGGGACGAGACGCAGCGCGAGCGGGAGGCCAGGCAGGCGAGGCGGGCGGAGCGACAGCGGGUGAAGGACGAGAGGAGGCGGCAGAUUGAGGAGCUACGAACUAAGAGAAGGGCGGAGACGUUUCUGGCUGGGUUGGGAGAUUUGGGUGCUCUGCAGGCAGACGCAUCCUAG